AUGGCAAGAGGCACAGUGAAAUGGCCCAGGUACCCACUUACCUGCUUCUUUUUUCCCAACACUCUUUUCUUUUUCAAAAGGUGUCCAAGCUCCACAGAACCACAAAACCUAACACGUGUCUCAGAAUUCCUCCUCCUGGGCCUGUCAGAUGAUCGGGAAUGGCAGCCCGUCCUCUUCGGGCUGUUCCUGUCCAUGUACCUGGUCACCGUCCUGGGGAACCUGCUCAUCAUCCUGGCCGUAGGCUCUGACCCCCACCUCCACACCCCCAUGUACUUCUUCCUCUGCAACCUGUCCUUGGCUGACCUUGGUUUCACCUCCACCACGAUCCCCAAGAUGAUAGCGGACACCCAAACCCACAGUGGAGUCAUCUCCUAUGCAGGCUGCCUGACGCAGAUGUCUUUUUUUAUGUUUUUUGGGUGUUUGGACAGUCUUCUCUUGGCCGUGAUGGCCUAUGACCGGCUGGUGGCCAUCUGCCACCCCCUGCACUACACGGCCAUCAUGAACCCCCGCCUCUGUGGCUUGUUGGUGUCGGCAUCAUUUUUCACCAGUCUUCUGGUCUCCCAGAUGCACAAUUCGAUCGUAUCUCAGCUCACCUAUUUCAAGGAUGUGGAAAUUGCUCAUUUCUUCUGUGACCCUUCUCAACUCCUCAGCCUCGCCUGUUCCGACACCUCCACCAAUAACGUAGUCAUGUAUCUUGUUGGUGCCAUCUCCGGGUUUCUCCCUAUCUCCGGUAUCCUCUUCUCUUACUACAAAAUUGUCUCCUCUGUUCUGAGAGUCCCCUCAGCAAGCGGGAAGCACAAAGCCUUCUCCACCUGUGGCUCUCACCUGUCAGUCGUGUGCUUAUUUUAUGGCACUGGUCUUGGGGUGUACCUCAGUUCGGCUGUCUCACUUUCUCCCAGGAAUGAUGCGGUGGCCUCGGUGGUGUACACUGUGGUCACCCCCAUGCUGAACCCCUUCAUCUACAGCCUGAGGAACAGGGAUAUCAAAGCGGCCAUGUGGAAGCUCUUCAGCAAAAGAGUCUAA